CAAUGGCAGAGAAGGUAGUCAUAAUAUAAAAGAGAGAUUGGAUAGAUGCUUGGUUAACAUGGAUUUCUCAGCUACUUUCCCUUCAGUCCGUGUUGAUCAUAUGGGAAGUUACGGUUCUGAUCACUCUGUCUUGGCUAUUUCGUGGCUCAGUGGUUUUGAGCAACAUAAUGCUUCUGAGCAGAAAAAAAGACCUUUUCGUUUUGAGGAAAUCUGGAUAAACUCUGAGGAAUGUAAACAGUUGGUUCAUGGUGCUUGGUUUAGGCCAGGGGCUGAUUGUGUUGAGAGAAUUCAAGUGAUGAAGGAGGUCCUGGCACCUUUUGGCAGAGAGCAAGGAAACCUGCAAAAACUAAUUGCGUGCAAGGAAAUAGAACUGAAAAAGCUUGAAGGGGGACCACCAACCAGUGAAUGCUUGAAAAAGAAAAAGGAGGUUCUCAAAGAGUUUGAUGACUUGCUGAAAGAUGAAGAAGUGUAUUGGAGACAAAGGUCUAGGGCCCUUUGGCUGAAAGAAGGCGACAAGAAUACAAAAUUCUUUCACAAGAAAGCUUCUCAGAGAAGAAAGCAUAACUGUAUCAAGAAAAUGAAAAAUGAACAAGGGGACUGGGUUUUUGGGGAGAAGGCAGUAGCACAGGUUAUCCAAAACCAUUUUCAGCAAGUUUUUUCUUCGGAUAAUCCCCUAAAUAUCCCUGAUACUUGUCAAAGAGUGAGGCAUAAAUUGAAUACAGAUAUGAUUGAGCAUCUUGCUUCCCCUUUCUCAAGUGCUGAAGUUAAAUUUGCAAUAGAUCAAAUGCAUCCUCUAAAAUCGCCGGGACCUGAUGGAUUACCUGCUCUUUUCUACCAACACUACUGGGAUCUGGUAGGGGGAGCGGUCACAAAUCAUGUCUUGGAUAUUCUGAAUAACGGUAAGGAUGUUUUAGCGAUAAAUGAUACCUUCAUCUGCCUCAUUCCGAAGGUGUCCAAACCACAAUCCCCCAAGGAUCUACGUCCUAUAAGUCUUUGUAAUGUGUUGAUGAAAAUUGUGACCAAGUGCAUUGCUAAUAGGCUCAAGCACAUUCUGCCAAAGCUUGUGGGGGAAACUCAGAGUGCUUUUAUCCCCGGGAGGCUAAUUACAGAUAACGCUUUGAUUGGAAUGGAGGUCUUCCACUAUAUGAAAAAGAAGAAGCAUGGCAAGCAAGGCUGGAUGGCAUUAAAGCUCGACAUGUCGAAAGCAUACGACAGAAUAGAAUGGCUUUUUUUAAGGGGUGUCCUAGAGGCCAUGUCCUUCCCCCCACCUUUUGUGGAGUUAAUUUUGAGGUGUAUCACUUCUGUUCGUUAUGCUAUUUUACUUAAUGGAGAACCACAAGAUUGGUUUUGUCCUCAACGUGGGCUCCGACAAGGGGAUCCAAUCUCCCCAUAUUUGUUCAUUCUUUGUGCUGAGGUUUUUGCUGGUCUGAUAGAGGAACAAGUUGCCUUGGGGAAUUUGCACGGAGUGAGGAUUGCAAGGGGAGCACCCCAAAUCUCUCAUCUAUUCUUUGCUGAUGAUAGCCUUCUCUUUAUGAGGGCUAACUUGAUGGAAGCGGAUCAAAUUCUUGCCACUAUUAAAAAGUAUGAAGUUGCAUCGGGGCAACGAGUUAACUUUGAUAAAACUGAGUUGUCUUUUAGCCAAAAUGUGCCACAACAGUUAAGUUCACUUAUCCGGAAUAGGAUGGAGGUCAAGGCAGUCGACACUCAUGAGAGAUAUCUUGGUUUGCCCACGAUAAUUGGAAGAUCUAAGAAGGCUAUUUUCUCAAGUGUUCAAGAGAGGCUCGUAAGAAAACUAAAGGGAUGGAAAGAGAAGUUUUUAUCAAGAGCUGGAAAGGAGGUGCUUCUCAAGGCCGUUGCACAAGCAAUACCAACAUACAUAAUGAGCUGCUUUAAAAUUCCUGAUGGCAUUUGUGACUCAAUGGCUUCUCUGAUGUCAAAUUUCUGGUGGGGACAGAAGCAAAAUGAAAGGAAGAUCCAUUGGAUGAGUUGGUCCAAGUUGUGCCUUCCGAAACACAGUGGUGGACUGGGAUUCCGGGAUUUCAAAUGCUUCAAUGAAGCUUUAUUAGCAAAACAGGUGUGGCGGCUGGUUCAGAAUAAGGACUCCCUAUUGUAUAAAAAUCUUAAGGCUAGGUACUUUCCCAGAUCCUCCAUUCUUGAGGCCUCUGUGGGCUUCAGACCUAGCUUCUCCUGGAGGAGUAUCUGUGCUGCAAAAGAUGUUAUUAAGGAUGGAUCAACUUGGAAAAUAGGGAAUGGUAAAGCAGUGUCCAUUUGGGGUGAUUCUUGGCUACCAGGUCCCGGUUCUGGGAAUGUGCUUAGCUCUAUCAAAGAGCUCCCUUCAACUGCCAAAGUAGAUAGCUUAAUAGAUAAUAUACAGAGAAGUUGGAAUACAGUUUUGGUGGAUUUAAUCUUUCAUCCUAUUGAGGCGAUCAAAAUUAAGAGCAUUCCUUUAGCUUGGUUUGAGAAGGAGGAUUUGUUAGUGUGGAAGCACAACUCCUCGGGUGUGUUCUCUGUCAGAUCAGCAUACUCUAUGCUAAUGCAGAGGAAGAUCUCUAGCUUGGCCUCAUCCUCGUCCACAAGGUCUGUUUGUAAUUUUGUUUGGCGGCUGAAAGUUCCUAAAAAAGUGCAGCACUUUAUGUAUAGAUUGCUGAACAAAUCACUUCCUUGCCAACAAAAUCUGAAGCGGAGGGGUAUUAAAAUUGAACCUUUGUGUCCUCUAUGUGGUGAGCAUCGGGAGGAAACUCCUUUCCACCUUUUUCUGAACUGCAAUUGGGCGCGUCAGGUCUGGUUUAUGUCAGACUUAGCUAUCAAAUCAGGGGAAGUCGCAACUGAGUUAGACAAUUGGCUGCUGCAAAUGAAAGAAAUAGUGUCGCUGGACGUAAUGGAUCAAGUUGCCAUGAUCUGUUGGAGCAUUUGGAAGUCCAGAAAUGACUGCAUUUUCAAUAAGAUUGUGCCCGACCCUAAAAGAGCUACAGAAAUUGCUACCAGUAUGCGACUAGAUUGGUUAACAUAUCAGCCACAAAACAAAGGUUCGAGGUCAGUUCCCUCUGAUCCAGUUUGGACACCUCCUCCUGCUGGUCUUAUGAAACUUAAUUUUGAUGCGGGUUGGGCUGGUGAAAAGGGUUCUGGUUUUGGCCUAGUGGUUAGAAAUGACAAUGGUGGAUUCCAAGUAGCCUCAUCUCAUUACGAAGAUUGUAGAAGGGAACCUUUAAUAGCGGAAGCUAUGUGUUUUAGAUGGGCACUUAAUCUUGCAGCUAAUUGGGGUCUAGAUAGCUUAGUCUUCUCCUCUGAUUGUCAACAAUUAGUCAAGGCUUUUCACUGUCCUUCUGAUUUCCCCUCUUUGGCUCACAUCAUGUUGGAUUGUACUCAGCUGGUUAAUAGCUUUAGGAACUUCUCUUUUUGUUUCGAUUACAGGCAGACUAAUAGAGUUGCCCAUGCUUUGGCAGCUGAGAGUCAUUUGUACAAAGACUGCGAAUGGUGGGGUGAUCCCCCUGUGGGUAUCCUAUGACACUUGGCAGCAGAUU